AACAAAAAAAGAUGAAGGAAAACACCUUGUGGUGGUUUUUUUUUUUGGUAACUGAUUAGUAUAAUAUGUAUACAAAAGGGGGUCGUGAUAAGCGCUAUGCCCAGCGUGUUAAGCCUCGCUUAAAAGUUCAGCACCCCCAGGCAACUGUCUGCAGGAAGCUGCCCCGUCCCGUACAUUUAGUGGGCCGUAAAAAGAAAGGGAAAAAAAAGAAAAAAAUAUCAUUUUAAUUGUUACUCACUUCGAGAUUGUAAGCCCGGCAAAAAGGCAUAUCCAGCGCGACGGCAUUGCCCAUUUGGAACCCCCCCAAAUUUGUCAGCCCCUUUCACUUUACCUCCUUUUCGCGCAAAACCCAAAUGAAGGAACACUCGCACAUCAUCGGGUUAGGCGACUUCUUCGCAGAUGCAAAAAAGUGUUGGGUUCUUCUGGCGAGUAAGUCCCCAAGGAGGAUCGAGUUAAUGAAAUUAAUGGGGGUAUCAAAUUUAUACAUUUGCGAAUCAGGAUUUGAAGAAAAUUUAGAUAAAAAACAGUUUGCCUCUGCUGAGCAUUAUGUGAAAGAAAAUGCCUUACAAAAGGGGUUGAACGUGGCAAGUCAUGUCUGGUUUGGGGACCAAGCGAAUACUCACAGUGAGGGAAACGUUAAAGAAGAGGAAACAAAAAAAAGCACACAACAAGGGAGUGAUAGCGGUCAUUUGUCAAUUGGCCAACCUGAAAACGAACAGCAUUGCACAGAUGCAACAAAAAAACAUCAAGUGAAAAGUUUGCAUAGCACCUAUGACCCCAUACCAAAGGUUAUAAUCUCAUGCGACACGAUCGUUACGCUGAAGGAUGAAAUAAUAGAAAAGCCGCUCAACAAGGAACACGCCCGUGAAAUUUUAAAAAAGCUAUCAUCCAAUAUCCACUGCGUUUAUACAGCUGUCUGUAUAUUUUUACACAAAACAAAAGUGCCCAUCACCUUUAUCGAAAAAACAGACGUACAUUUUGACGACUUGCUUGAGCAAGACAUUUUGGAAUAUUUAAAUUCGAGUGAACCGUAUGAUAAGGCUGGCGCUUACUCCAUUCAGGGAGUCGGCUGUCAGUUUAUAAAAAAAAUUAAUGGCUGCUAUUACAACGUUAUGGGGUUGCCAAUUAAUAAACUCUCCAAAACGUUGACGCAGUUGUGUGUGGAGGGGAAAAUAUCAGCUUGA